AUGCUCCGCCAGAUCCUCAGGCAAGCAAAGAAGCAUCUCAGCUCGAUCACUCCUAUCGUAUUCACAGGAGCAGGAGGUACUGGAGCAGCACUCUAUGGGAUGAACUUGGCAUUGUUCAAUCCAGAGGUCAACUGGGACAGGAAGAAGAACCCAGGGCCUUGGGACAACCUGGGUCUCAUUGACCAAUACAACUUCUACUCAGUUAUUGUUGAGUACAGCAAACUGAAGAAAAAGGGGCCUGACUUCUAA